AUGCCUUCCUUUGAUGAUAUCUUCUGCAGUUUCUUCAUUCCUCAAAUUAUAAUUGGAGUUUUGGGGAAUGGUUUUCUCCUUCUCUUGUAUGGCUCUAAUUUAAUUACUUGCAAAAGGACAAGACCCAUUUAUGUGAUUUUCUUUCAUUUGGCCUUUUCCAAUAUUUUGAUGAUUCUCUUCAGGGGAAUUCCAUGGGCAAUCCAGAUUUGCAUUCAAAUAGGUUUCCUGGGUGACAUUGGUUGUAAAAUCAUAGUUUAUCUGCAAAGAGUGUCCCGGGGUCUUUCUCUUGGCACUACCUGCCUCAUGAGUUUCUUCCAAGCCAUCACCAUCACUUCCUGCAGCUCCAAAUGGGCAGAGCUCAAAGCCAGAGCUUCACAAUACACUGUUCAAUCCUGUGUCUUCAUAUGGGUACUCAAUCUGUUCAUAGAUGUGAUUGUUCCCUUCUAUGUGACUGGUGCUACAAACAGCACAAGCAGCAUGCUGAAUAGGAACCUAGGCUAUUGCUCUAUAAGCAAGUAUGUCAUGACUACUUCAAAGCUUGUAAUUUGGAAGUCACUUUAUGAUGCAGUGUUUGUGGUAUUUAUGGCCAUUAGCAGUAGCUAUAUAGUGUGGCUUUUGUAUAGACACCAGAGACAAGUCCAACAUAUUCAUGAUAUCAGCCUUAACCCUAGUGCCUCCCCAGAGAACAGAGCUACCAAAGUCAUCCUGUUUCUUGUGAGCAUCUUUGUAUUCUUUUAUUCUGUCAGUUCCAUCUUUGUUAUUGUGAUGGAUAAUUCUAAAGAUACAAACCAGUGGAUGGUAUAUAUGUCUGUUUUUUUCACCUUGUGUUACCCAACAGCCAGUCCCUUUGUUUUAGUCAGUAGUGACUCUCAGAUACUCAAUUGUAAUGCUUUCACAAAGUAA